AUGGCCACUCUCAGAGUUUCAGCGCUAACACUAUCAAGAAAAGCGACAAGCAUCGCUCGGGUCCAACUGGGCUUCCGCGCAUGCUAUCAGAGAACAUGUGGCCGGCCAUCUGCGUCAAUUCAUCACGCAAGAUAUUCCACUUCAUCUACAACAAUCGAACAACCGACACGGGCUCCUACAAUUGACCGUGCUGCCUCGAAAUUAUACAAAGAUGCGGACGAAGCUGUGGCUGAUCUCAAGAGCGGGUCAACCAUCCUUAGUUCUGGGUUUGGUCUCUGUGGAGUUGCAGACACACUUAUCUCCGCGAUUGGCCGUCGAGGGCCCGAUAGCAUUCACUCUCUAACUGCGGUUUCAAACAACGCCGGUGCGCCCGGCAAAGGUGGACUUUCUACACUGACACACUCCGGCCAAGUCAACCGACUGAUCAUAUCAUAUCUGGGAAAUAACAAGGCGCUGGAGAAGAAGUAUCUUACAGGAAAUAUUGCGAUCGAGCUGUGCCCUCAAGGAACUCUGGCAGAGCGCCUGCGCGCUGGAGGAGCAGGUAUACCUGCUUUCUACACGGCCACUGGAGCUCAUACCUUCCUCCAGGACGGAAAAAUCCCCGUACGUCUGGAUGAGUCAGGCAAGGUGCUAGAGCAUGGCAAGCGUCGUGAAACGAGAGUGUUCAACAAGAAGACAUACUUGAUGGAAACUGCGCUUACUGGUGAUGUUGCAAUCCUCCGAGCGUGGAAGGCGGACGAGGCUGGAAACUGCGUCUUCCGGUAUCUCGGCCCCUAG